UUUUUUUCUUUUUUUUUUUUUCUUGGGGAUUCUCCUUUCUCCUGCCAGACUGACUUGCACCUUCUUGAUAAUUUCUCUUCCCCUCGUUUGUUUUUUUUUUUAUACUCUUCUCCCUGCUUCCAAACCUUGUGUCUGUGUGUUUCAAUACUAUCACAACCUCCGCUAAAAAUAGAUCUUUUUAUAUACCCUUCCUCCUCUCUGACCCCAUCCAACACCCCUUGUUAAGGAAACCAUCUAACACCCAGAGCAAGAAACAUAAAUUCACUUGGCUGUCCCAUAGCUCUAAGGGACCUGAUGCAUGAAUGGACUAGAGAAAGGAAAGAGAGAAAAACUCCAAAGACCUACAGGUCAUCUUGCUGGCAGGGUCAAGUUUUCUUCGGAUUGAGGCAGAAUUGUGGCUCGCAGACACCUGAUGUGAUAGAGCAUACUCAACACCUUUAGGUAUCUUCCUUGAGACCGCAGAGUGACUGCAAAACCUGCCCAACGACAGUAAUUUUUUAAAUAUCACUGGUCUUCUGACGAGUUGAUUGAGUGAAUAGAAAAAAGAGGAAAAAAAAAAAGAAAAACGAAGCUGCUUUCAAGUAUUGAAGAUACAAGGCCAGGAUGAACACGAAGGACACAAAAGUGACUGAAGGAGGUCUCAAUGUCACGCUUACCAUACGCCUUCUCAUGCAUGGCAAGGAGGUUGGAAGCAUUAUCGGAAAGAAAGGUGAAACAGUUAAGAAGAUGAGGGAGGAGAGUGGUGCUCGAAUCAAUAUUUCAGAAGGCUCCUGUCCAGAGAGAAUUGUGACAAUAACAGGCCCAACAGAUGCGAUUUUUAAAGCUUUUUCUAUGAUUGCACUAAAAUUUGAAGAGGACAUAAACACUUCAAUGACAAACAGCACGGUGACAAGCAAACCCCCGGUAACGCUGCGGCUCGUCGUCCCGGCAAGUCAGUGUGGAUCCCUUAUAGGAAAAGGAGGUUCCAAAAUCAAGGAAAUCAGGGAGUCCACAGGAGCCCAGGUGCAGGUCGCGGGGGACAUGUUGCCAAACUCCACGGAGCGCGCAGUCACUAUAUCCGGCACCCCCGACGCCAUCAUCCAAUGCGUGAAACAAAUAUGCGUGGUUAUGCUGGAGUCCCCACCCAAAGGUGCCACCAUCCCCUACCGUCCCAAACCUGCCUCUGCACCUAUCAUUUUUGCAGGUGGCCAGGUAAGAGCAGACACCAUUUUGGCUUCAGCUGGAAACCACACCGUCUUGGCCCAACCUCAGCCAGCGCCUGCAUUCACGAUUCAGGGGCAGUACGCCAUCCCUCAUCCAGACGUGAGUCCUGCGCAUUUGACCAAGCUUCACCAGUUGGCUAUGCAGCAUCCCCCCUUUACUCCCCUUGGGCAGACCACCCCUGGUUUCCCUGGACUGGAUGCCACUACUCCAACCAGUUCCCAUGAACUUACUAUUCCCAAUGAUUUAAUAGGCUGCAUUAUUGGCAGACAAGGCAGUAAGAUAAAUGAAAUCAGGCAGAUGUCAGGAGCGCAGAUCAAGAUUGCUAAUGCCACAGAAGGCUCCGCAGAACGACAAGUUACAAUCACAGGAUCCCCUGCAAACAUCAGCUUAGCACAGUACCUCAUUAAUGCAAGCUUAGAGAUGGCUAAAGUCAGCACCCAGACCGCUUCCGUCACGACCCCUGUUGACCUCAACAUGAACCUCUCUCAGUCUGCCACCCCUACCUCCACCCCCACCUCCAUGGCCGUCCUGGCGGCCGCCUCCGCCGUUGCCGUCAGUUCCCCCCCUCCCCUACCAACUCUGCCAACCACCCACUAUGCCGUUCCUGUCUCCAGUCUGCUUGGCAUGAAAACUGUCCCACUCCUGGCACUAAAUGCCGCGGCCGCCGCGGGGGCCACGGGGAGUUUGUCCGCUUACACUGCCAAAAUUCCUUCGACGAGCGGGGUUAAGAAAUCUGACCGCCAGAAGUUUGCUCCAUAUUGAAGGGAUGAGACACAAUGCAAGCUUUGCCAGCUCUACCAAGAGUCUGUGGUAGAUCCUAGUUUAUCAAGGAAACAAUACGGCAUCUUUUAUUUUUCUGUUUAAAUUGCUAGUGUUAACUGUUGCCGACGCAAGUCGUCUUCCGCUCUCCAUAACGACUAACACCCGGGCACCACCUAACAACUAGUUCCAACAGCGGGUGGACAAGAGCCUGGGGGCUUUCUCCACCAGCCCAGGGCCUUUUCCCACCAACCUGGGAGCUUUCCCCGCCAGCCCAAGGGCUCUCCUCCCAUCCCUCUGCCGUGGCCCUCCGGCAACCCCCCCCAGCCCAGCAGGGUUGCCCCCAGCCUAGCAAGGAGAGACCUGGAGAGAAAGAAAAAAACAGAAAUGAGGCAAAAAUUUUGGUGGCCGGGUCAUGCUCCGGCCAUGCUGCCUGGUGUAUAACUGCACUGGCAUCCCUUGGAAGGCAUCCCUCCAACUUCAGAGGUUGGUAAAUUUACUAUGAUAAAUUGGCACCUCUGAUGAAUUAUUUUUUUUAACUGCUACAGAUUUCCGUUGCAAACCUGGCACUUCUGAUGAUUGGUAGCCCCCCCUGCAAUCCCCCGUGAAGUGCCGGCCACCCCUCUGUCAUUCGACAGGCCUGAAGACUCCCAUCCUCCCUGCCUGCGAGCAGGAGCCGGGGGCAAGAAAGCACCAAACCCCCGGUACUUCUGUGCACAACAAAUGAAGCUCUCUGGGCUGAGAAAUGCUGCUAAGUUCAAAUGGUGGGAAGACAACAAGAAAAAAAUAUCAGGCACCUGUCCCUUUCCUUUUCAUUCUUUUAAAGGCCGCAACUGUUUUUCUCUGGUUUGGAAAAACGUAAUAUUAAGAACUCCACCGUAGGGAGGGAGAGCAGGCUCCUCCUUUUGCACUCAGAUGUUAUAUGCAUAACAACAAAGCGCUUAUUUCUGUAAGUACUGAAUAGUAGGUACAAACCAGACAUGUGCUAUUGUGGUACCCCCUCCCACAUAUGUUUUGUUCGGCCAAAAUGGCCAUUUUUUUGCUCGGUUUCUGUACAAAAUACAUCCCUGUUUAACACACCGCUACUCAUGCAGUCAGGUUGUAUUGUAAUUACAGAUGAAAUCUAGUGCUUAUCAAAGGCCAUUCAAAGGGUCGCUGCCCGCACAGGUAACAUGCCUUUAACAAGAACUUAACGAUGUUCAGAUGAACUAAAACCAGUCACCUAAUUGCAGCCAAACCGAAGCGAGCCCGGGGACGUAAUGGCUGGUCGCUAGCUGUUGGAACUAGUUUUUAACUGCAUUUUCUGUUUGUCCAUCCACCUUCUUUUUUUUUUAAUUUCUGUUGCAUAACUUCAGUAAUGCAAUCUUGUUUUCCUCACCACUUCCGAAUCCAGAAUCCCAUCAGCCCGCCAUGUUCAUCCACUUUGCACUCCUUGGACACAAAGCUUUAACGAUUGAACUGUAUUCAGUGCAUUUUAAUAUAAACUAAAAACACAAUGCAAAUGCAAUACUUUUUAAAAACAUGGUAUUUCAAAGUGUGUUAUUAUUAUUGUAUAGGGCUAAGUACUAUCUCAGUAUUUUGUGUCAUUUCUGUAUUCUGUGGGCUUCUCUUCACCGUAGUACCUUUGCACUAAGUUUUGUCACUGUAACCGUUUGUAGAACUGCCAUUGUUACAGUUUGCACUUAUCCAAAUGGGGGUUUUGGUUGGUUUUGUUGUUUGGGGUUUUUUUUUUUUAUUUUGUUGCUUUGGGCUUUUUUUUGUUUUGUUUUGUUUCGUUUGUAUAUAAUGAAGGAAAAACUGGAAAUAAUGUCAAGGUACCUCAGCUAUUUAACAGCUCUAGAAAACUGCUGUAAAAUUGUUCUGGACUAUUGUAACUGUUUCAAUAACUGACAUUUAAAAAAAAAACAACAAACAAACAAACAAAAAAAAAAAAAACAAAACACAAACCACCAACCUCUGUGUGGGAAAACUUGCCUGCAUUGAAAUGCUGUUCUGUGCUGGUUGUACUCAAGUGUUAUUUUUUUAAUAGUGAGAAGAUUUUUUUUCUUUUUUUUUGCCUUUUUUUU